UGUCUUUCAGCUAAAGUUCCCUUCCCCCUGACGCUUCGCUUCAAGCCCAUGUUACAGCAGGGGAUUGAGCUGCUCUCGUUGGACGCCUCCUGGGUCAGCUCAGCCUCCUGGUACUUUCUCAAUGUGUUUGGCCUGAGGAGCAUCUACUCUCUGAUCCUGGGGCAGGACAAUGCUGCAGACCAGUCACGCGUCAUGCAGGAGCAGAUGACCGGCGCGGCGAUGGCGAUGCCCGCAGACCCCAACAAGGCAUUUAAGACGGAGUGGGAAGCGCUGGAGCUCACCGACCACCAGUGGGCACUGGACGACCUGGAGGAAGAGCUCCUGGGGACAGACCUGAACUUUGAGGGAAUGUUUAAGAGAGAGCUGCAGACCGCCAUGUUCUGACGACAGGACAGAGGAGGAUGAUGGUGGUGGUGGUGGUGUCCUCAUUGGUGCACGGCCUCUCUGGUUACACACAGGACCCUGUAGGUCGGCCAUUCCUCACCUCACUACUGUUUACAAUGUGGGCCCGAUUAACCCUUCGUCUGCUGUGUAACCCUUCACUGUAGUGUCACCCUUCCGAGUAGGUCAUACAUUUGGACCCAGGAGUGUUUGGACUGAGACAGAACGUUCAGAAUGCCACCACCGAAGACAUCAAGAUAUGACUGAAGCGGGGACUUUCAUUUGUGCGUUAACCCUUUAGGAAUUCCAGCCAUUUUACAUAUUGUCCCUGCACAGGAUAAGAUUAAUGAUUCCAAGAUGCAGGAAGCUUGUAGUCAGCGGACAGUGAGGACAUCUCAGAUGCCUCCUUCAUUUGCUGCUUGUGUAAGUCUGGAGGGAGCAGAACGGUCUGCCAGCAGCUUUCUACUGCCCGAUCUGGACACAUACAUGCUUGGCUGAGCGUGCGUGUGUGUGGAUCUGCCAGCAGCUUUCUACUGCCCGAUCUGCACACAUACAUGCUUGGCUGAGCGUGCGUGUGUGUGGAUCUGCCAGCAGCUUUCUACUGCCCGAUCUGGACACAUACAUGCUUGGCUGAGCGUGCGUGUGUGUGGAUCUGCCAGCAGCUUUCUUCUGCCCGAUCUGGACACAUACAUGCUUGGCUGAGCGUGCGUGUGUGUGGAUCUGGUAGCAGCUUUCUUCUGCCCGAUCUGCACACAUACAUGCUUGGCUGAGCGUGCAUGUGUGUGGAUCUGCCAGCAGCUUUCUACUGCCCGAUCUGGACACCUACAUGCUUGGCUGAGCGUGCAUGUGUGUGGAUCUGCCAGCAGCUUUCUACUGCCCGAUCUGGACACCUAUAUGCUUGGCUGAGCGUGCGUGUGUGUGGAUCUGCCAGCAGCUUUCUACUGCCCGAUCUGGACACAUACAUGCUUGGCUGAGCGUGCAUGUGUGUGGAUCUAGUAGCAGCUUUCUACUGCCCGAUCUGCACACAUACAUGCUUGGCUGAGCGUGCGUGUGUGUGGAUCUGGUAGCAGCUUUCUACUGCCCGAUCUGGACACCUAUAUGCUUGGCUGAGCGUGCGUGUGUGUGGAUCUGCCAGCAGCUUUCUACUGCCCGAUCUGGACACAUACAUGCUUGGCUGAGCGUGCGUGUGUGUGGAUCUGGUAGCAGCAUUCUACUGCCCGAACUGGACACAUACAUGCUUGGCUGAGCGUGCAUGUGUGUGGAUCUGCCAGCAGCUUUCUACUGCCCGAUCUGGACACCUAUAUGCUUGGCUGAGCGUGCGUGUGUGUGGAUCUGCCAGCAGCUUUCUACUGCCCGAUCUGGACACAUACAUGCUUGGCUGAGCGUGCAUGUGUGUGGAUCUAGUAGCAGCUUUCUACUGCCUGAUCUGGACACAUACAUGCUUGGCUGAGCGUGCGUGUGUGUGGAUCUGCCAGCAGCUUUCUACUGCCCGAUCUGGACACAUACAUGCUUGGCUGAGCGUGCGUGUGUGUGGAUCUGGUAGCAGCUUUCUACUGCCCGAUCUGGACACAUACAUGCUUGGCUGAGCGUGUGUGUGGAUCUGGUAGCAGCUUUCUACUGCCCGAUCUGGACACCUAUAUGCUUGGCUGAGCGUGCGUGUGUGUGGAUCUGCCAGCAGCUUUCUACUGCCCGAUCUGGACACAUACAUGCUUGGCUGAGCGUGCGUGUGUGUGGAUCUGCCAGCAGCUUUCUACUGCCCGAUCUGGACACAUACAUGCUUGGCUGAGCGUGCAUGUGUGUGGAUCUAGUAGCAGCUUUCUACUGCCUGAUCUGGACACAUACAUGCUUGGCUGAGCGUGCGUGUGUGUGGAUCUGCCAGCAGCUUUCUACUGCCCGAUCUGGACACAUACAUGCUUGGCUGAGCGUGCGUGUGUGUGGAUCUGGUAGCAGCUUUCUUCUGCCUGAUCUGGACACAUACAUGCUUGGCUGAGCGUGCGUGUGUGUGGAUCUAGUAGCAGCUUUCUUCUGCCCGAUCUGGACACCUAUAUGCUUGGCUGAGCGUGCAUGUGUGUGGAUCUAGUAGCAGCUUUCUUCUGCCCGAUCUGGACACAUACAUGCUUGGCUGAGCGUGCGUGUGUGUGGAUCUGGUAGCAGCUUUCUUCUGCCCGAUCUGGACACCUAUAUGCUUGGCUGAGCGUGCGUGUGUGUGGAUCUGCCAGCAGCUUUCUUCUGCCCGAUCUGGACACCUAUAUGCUUGGCUGAGCGUGCGUGUGUGUGGAUCUGCCAGCAGCUUUCUACUGCCCGAUCUGGACACCUAUAUGCUUGGCUGAGCGUGCGUGUGUGUGGAUCUGCCAGCAGCUUUCUUCUGCCCGAUCUGGACACCUAUAUGCUUGGCUGAGCGUGCGUGUGUGUGGAUCUGCCAGCAGCUUUCUACUGCCCGAUCUGGACACAUACAUGCUUGGCUGAGCGUGCAUGUGUGUGGAUCUGGUAGCAGCUUUCUACUGCCUGAUCUGGACACCUAUAUGCUUGGCUGAGCGUGCGUGUGUGUGGAUCUGGUAGCAGCUUUCUACUGCCUGAUCUGGACACAUACAUGCUUGGCUGAGCGUGCGUGUGUGUGGAUCUGGUAGCAGCAUUCUACUGCCCGAUCUGGACACAUACAUGCUUGGCUGAGCGUGCGUGUGUGUGGAUCUGGUAGCAGCUUUAUUCUGCCCGAUCUGGACACAUACAUGCUUGGCUGAGCGUGCAUGUGUGUGGAUCUGGUAGCAGCUUUCUUCUGCCUGAUCUGGACACCUAUAUGCUUGGCUGAGCGUGCGUGUGUGUGGAUCUGCCAGCAGCUUUCUUCUGCCCGAUCUGGACACAUACAUGCUUGGCUGAGCGUGCGUGUGUGUGGAUCUGGCAGCAGCUUUCUACUGCCUGAUCUGGACACAUACAUGCUUGGCUGAGCGUGCAUGUGUGUGGAUCUGGUAGCAGCUUUCUACUGCCUGAUCUGGACACAUACAUGCUUGGCUGAGCGUGCAUGUGUGUGGAUCUGCCAGCAGCUUUCUACUGCCCGAUCUGGACACCUAUAUGCUUGGCUGAGCGUGCGUGUGUGUGGAUCUAGUAGCAGCUUUCUUCUGCCCGAUCUGGACACAUACAUGCUUGGCUGAGCGUGCGUGUGUGUGGAUCUGCCAGCAGCUUUCUACUGCCCGAUCUGGACACAUACAUGCUUGGCUGAGCGUGCGUGUGGAUCUGGCAGCAGCUUUCUACUGCCCGAUCUGGACACAUACAUGCUUGGCUGAGCGUGCGUGUGUGUGGAUCUGCCAGCAGCUUUCUACUGCCCGAUCUGGACACAUACAUGCUUGGCUGAGCGUGCGUGUGUGUGGAUCUGGUAGCAGCUUUCUUCUGCCCGAUCUGGACACCUAUAUGCUUGGCUGAGCGUGCGUAUGUGUGGAUCUGGUAGCGGCUUUCUACUGCCCGAUCUGGACACAUACAUGCUUGGCUGAGCGUGCGUGUGUGUGGAUCUGGCAGCGGCUUUCUUCUGCCCGAUCUGGACACAUACAUGCUUGGCUGAGCGUGCGUGUGGAUCUGGCAGCAGCUUUCUACUGCCCGAUCUGGACACAUACAUGCUUGGCUGAGCGUGCGUGUGGAUCUGGUAGCAGCUUUCUUCUGCCCGAUCUGCACACAUACAUGCUUGGCUGAGCGUGCGUGUGUGUGGAUCUGCCAGCAGCUUUCUUCUGCCCGAUCUGGACACAUACAUGCUUGGCUGAGCGUGCGUGUGUGUGGAUCUAGUAGCAGCUUUCUAGUGCCCGAUCUGGAUACAUACAUGCUUGGCUGAGCGUGCGUGUGUGUGGAUCUGGUAGCAGCUUUCUUCUGCCCGAUCUGCACACAUACAUGCUUGGCUGAGCGUGCGUGUGGAUCUGGCAGCAGCUUUCUUCUGCCCGAUCUGGACACAUACAUGCUUGGCUGAGCGUGCGUGUGGAUCUGGCAGCAGCUUUCUUCUGCCCGAUCUGCACACAUACAUGCUUGGCUGAGCGUGCGUGUGUGUGGAUCUGGUAGCAGCUUUCUUCUGCCCGAUCUGGACACAUACAUGCUUGGCUGAGCGUGCGUGUGUGUGGAUCUGGUAGCAGCUUUCUUCUGCCCGAUCUGGACACAUACAUGCUUGGCUGAGCGUGCGUGUGUGUGGAUCUGGUAGCAGCUUUCUUCUGCCCGAUCUGGACACAUACAUGCUUGGCUGAGCGUGCGUGUGUGUGGAUCUGGCAGCAGCUUUAUUCUGCCCGAUCUGCACACAUACAUGCUUGGCUGAGCGUGCGUGUGUGUGGAUCUGGUAGCAGCUUUCUUCUGCCCGAUCUGGACACAUACAUGCUUGGCUGAGCGUGCGUGUGUGUGGAUCUGGUAGCAGCUUUCUUCUGCCCGAUCUGGACACAUACAUGCUUGGCUGAGCGUGCGUGUGUGUGGAUCUGGCAGCAGCUUUAUUCUGCCCGAUCUGCACACAUACAUGCUUGGCUGAGCGUGCGUGUGUGUGGAUCUGGCAGCAGCUUUAUUCUGCCCGAUCUGCACACAUACAUGCUUGGCUGAGCGUGCGUGUGUGUGGAUCUGGUAGCAGCUUUCUUCUGCCCGAUCUGGACACAUACAUGCUUGGCUGAGCGUGCGUGUGUGUGGAUCUGGCAGCAGCUUUAUUCUGCCCGAUCUGGACACAUACAUGCUUGGCUGAGCGUGCGUGUGUGUGGAUCUGGCAGCAGCUUUAUUCUGCCCGAUCUGCACACAUACAUGCUUGGCUGAGCGUGCGUGUGUGUGGAUCUGGUAGCAGCUUUCUUCUGCCCGAUCUGGACACAUACAUGCUUGGCUGAGCGUGCGUGUGUGUGGAUCUGGUAGCAGCUUUCUUCUGCCCGAUCUGGACACAUACAUGCUUGGCUGAGCGUGCGUGUGUGUGGAUCUGGCAGCAGCUUUAUUCUGCCCGAUCUGCACACAUACAUGCUUGGCUGAGCGUGCGUGUGUGUGGAUCUGGUAGCAGCUUUCUUCUGCCUGAUCUGCACACAUACAUGCUUGGCUGAGCGUGCGUGUGUGUGGAUCUAGUAGCAGCUUUCUUCUGCCUGAUCUGGACACAUACAUGCUUGGCUGAGCGUGCGUGUGUGUGGAUCUGGUAGCAGCUUUCUACUGCCCGAUCUGGACACAUACAUGCUUGGCUGAGCGUGCGUGUGUGUGGAUCUGGUAGCAGCUUUCUUCUGCCCGAUCUGGAUACAUACAUGCUUGGCUGAGCGUGCGUGUGUGUGGAUCUGGCAGCAGCUUUAUUCUGCCCGAUCUGGACACAUACAUGCUUGGCUGAGCGUGCGUGUGUGUGGAUCUGGUAGCAGCUUUCUUCUGCCCGAUCUGGACACAUACAUGCUUGGCUGAGCGUGCAUGUUUAUUGGGGAUAUGAGAGUGUGCAGGUUGGCAGACCCUAUUGAUAGUUUGUAUCUACAGAGAAAGCUCUGAAUUUACAUGGGCAAAGGCUUUGGAUUGUAGUUGGUGACAUCCCGACCUCUCCGUGGCUUGGGGAGAUGAUUCCAAGGACAGAAGCCUGCAGUCCGCUCCUCUGUGACCUCUAGUAUUGCGGAGCCUCCUUAUCUUGUACCCGAUUUGGCUUCAAAAGUUUCUGUGGUCUCUUGGGAGGUUUACACUUUCCAGUUGACUUGCAUUGACUUGUCUGUGGCCUGCUUAUUGAGAGCUCUGGACCCGUCAUCUGCUUGUCAUGGGGUAAGUGGAUGAUGUGAAAAAUUGCAGGAAAUCCUAAACGGUUGUUGUGAGAUCUUCUUUAGAAGCCCUUGAAUUGAAGCUGAAAGUCUCCACUGAUCGCAUCCAGGGCCUCGCAUCCUGCGUCCCUGUCCACAUCCCCAGCCUUGGCUGGGGCCACGUCCAUUGCUGGUUUGUAACUCUGCCUCUGGCUGCUGACCGUGCUUUUAGUCCCAUGUACCCGGGUGGUGGCGCGGACGUCCGGUCAACGUGUCGCCCUCUGUAGUCUCUUGCUGGUGCUCGUCGUCCGAUGUUUAUCUCGUUUUUGUUACAUUAUUUAUUUCUUUAACCUUAUUAAAUGUUUUAUAAUUAGCA